GAAGUGUAUUACUGCGCCUCUUCCUUCUGACAGUACACUUCGCCGGUCCACAAUAGACCUCAUCAUUUUAUUUGUAUUUUACGUGUGAAAUUGAGAGUGACAAAGCUUUGAACUGCCCUGCUACACUGCCACCCUGCUGCCCUGAUCGACGAGACGUUUUUGCGCAAUAGUACUUGGUACCCCGCCAUCGGGAUAGCAUGAGCACCUAGGCCCUUCCUUUACCUAAAAUCAAUAAGGUUGCCGCGAAGCAUUAUUCAGUCCAGAAGCCGCUUUUGACAUAUCGCGCUCCUUCAAGCCGUAUUUAAUCAGCGCCCGGAAUACAGCGUGCCCACGAGCGCGAGCAUUGCGAAUAUGGCCUCAACUGAUGGUGGGCCUGCUUCGGCCCAGCCAGCGCAAGAUGCUCCAGUCGUUGGGAUGCCCUCGAGAACCAAGAGCAACCAGUCGAUACCACCUCCGGGCCAGACGCUCACAGGAAAGCAAGAACACUACCUAAAACGUGAACUCGUUUCUGAACAAGUCAAUUGGGAGAUCUCGGAGCUGAACUCGCCCACCGCACUGCAAAGAUUCGGCGCGCCUUUCAAGUCUGACUUCGGCGAGGUUUCGCCGCUUAACUCAGAGCUUCCCAUACUCCGGUAUAUAUUCGUCCACCACAUUCGCGAGUUUCCCUUCCUCGACAAGGCUAAGGAGAAGGAGUUCUGGCAGGACAAGCUGCAAGCGUUCCUUGAGUCGUUUGCGAGCAAAAGUAUUUCUACCUCAGAAGAUCGAUUGGAAGAGACAAAGCGGCGGAAAUUGGCAAUAAAAUGUCGGAAGUUGGUGGAGCUGAUGAUGGUAUCUGGCGUGCCGACGGCCUCGGGCUUCGAAGAGCGAAUACGAUUCGCUGAGAUGGAGAUUGUCGACCGGGAUGCCAUCAACACUGGCAUGCUACACACGUUGCCUGAGGGCAACUUUGUCAACGGUUGGGACGUCAAUGUUGCCGGAGUCCGCCUUAUAUCGGAAAAGAAAAACAUCAGGACACACAAGCAUGCGGAGUUCAUAUUGCGCGUCAAGAGAAAAGGAGAUUUAGAACAUUUCAUUGGCAGACGUUAUGGCGACUUCAGCCGCCUCCACAGGAAACUACGGGUUGAGCUGCCCGGUAAAGUUCUUCCUCCAUUGCCCAGGAAGAACAAGUCGGACACGGCAGCUCAGGGUCUGCUGUCGGGCAUCAACGGCGGUGGCAACGAUUCUGAUGCUAGCAGCAUCUCAUCCGUGUCAACUGUGCCCCCUGGCGAAUCCAAUGGUGGCUUCAGAGAAUCCAUGAAGAACCUGACCGUACGAGACCAUCGCCGCAACGUAUCGACAUCCUCCCGCUCGUCACGUCGCCCAAGUAUUGAUGGGAGGAACCAGAGCCCCCUACCGAGUCCAAAAUUCGACAAUACCACCAUUUUGUGGCGAGAGAACCAGAGGAUAUCACUGAGAGCGUUUCUUCGCUCGCUGUUGCAGAACGCUCAAAUCUCCCAGACAAAGACCAUGCGGGAAUUUCUCACACACGGUCCAAUGACACCGGCGGACAGUGAUGUCGAGGACAUUCACCGCCGAAAGGCUGUCGAUGAGAGACGAAUGGAGGAGCAAAAGCAGUUUUACGAAAUCGCCAGAAAACGAGCUGCCGAGCUAGACGUCUACAUGGAGCAGUUUCGUCAGGAUAUUGUCGAACGCAAUGGCCUCACAAUGCUGUUCCAGGAAAUCAAAGACAAGGAAACCAUCCAGGAUUUGAGCAUGCAGUAUCAGAAAUUCGCCGAGUGGAUGCGGAUUGAGGUUGCUGCAACAGUUUAUCAUCUAUUCCUUGCUGAGGACAACUCGCCGGAACUGUUUGCCCAGAUGAAGAGGAUUCAUUCCUUGAUACCCUAUACCCUCAUGAAGAAUGCCAUUCGAAUCGCAAACCCAGCUGCUGUCAUGUCUAGUGUUCUCGACCUCUUCCUGGCACAACCUUUUGGCACUAGAUCUCUCAUGCAGCGAAUCUUCUCGGCAACGCUGAAUGACGGUAUCCGCACCUUCCAGAAGAAUAUCGAUGCGGUAGCCGCUAAGAUCGGCGACGCCGUCUUCGUAGAGAAACUGAAAAAGUUCACCGAUGCCGAGGAGCAAGUCAAGGUCGCCAUCCGAGAGGAAGCCGAAGCCGAUGAUGUGGAUAUCAUCGUGGCCAUACUCCGAUCUGAGCUGCUCGAAUCAUCACUCAACUCAGAGCAAAUCGGUCGACUGUACAAUGCAUACGUUGCCUUCAACAAUGCGGUCGAAAAUGUAGACGACGAGCUCAAGCAGGGUGCCCAGCUUUUCUCUUACCUCAAGCAGCUCUUGAAGCUGUAUACCAGGCAGCGCGACAAGGAGAUGAUGUUGCACAUGAUUGAAGAACCGGUCACACUGCAACUGCUUCGGGAUUUGUUUACCAUUUUCUACGAGCCGCUGGUCCGCGUCUACAAAUCGGCAAACGUAUACAACAGCAUUACAGAUUUCUCUGUCUUUAUGGGUGAUAUGAUACAGGUUGUGGAGAAGUGCCGAGAUGAAGACGCAUCCGCCGAUCCUAACCAAACCGUCCAAGCAUUCAUCGACCUUUGUCAGCGUCACGAGCACAAUUUUUACAAGUUUGUACAUGAAGUGCACACGCACGAUAAUGGACUGUUCACGCAGCUCAUGGGCUGGAUCGAAGGCAUACUAGAGUUCUUACGGAAAGGACCAGCGGGCGGAGCCCUCGACAUCAAUGCACUUUUCGAAGGGGCGGUGUCCAGCGGCAAGCUAGACAAAAAUGAAGCGAUAGCCGAGAUCAACCAGCUCAUCGCCUGGCAAGAAGCGCGCAAAAAGUGGCACCACGACAAGACGCGGCAGAAGAUGGCGGCCGAGGGGCAUGCGGGCGUGGAUUCGUCCAUUCCCGGGGUCGCAAGCCUGCACGCGAGCGACUUCGGCCUCAACGACAUGGAUAUGGAGAACAUGGCAUACGACGAGGAGUCGGACGACGAGGCCGAGGAGGAGAUUCAGGAUGAGCUCGAUCCCAUUGAAGCUGAAAGGCGAAGGAGGGCAAAGAGGCAGGAUCGACUGAGGCGCAGCGCGGGCGAGCCGGUAAAGCCGACAGUGGGUGAGGUGCACAAGUUAAAGGAUAACUUCUUGCAGAUGUUGAGGCAGUUCUUUCGAGCGACAAGAUGCCAGGCCAGAAACUUCUCUUCGACGCGCCCUGUCUCUCGCAUUAUCGCCAACAGGCCCCUGCGAGCGAAGGAGGCUUCGGCUCAUGUGAGCAGCAAAUAUCCCGUUAUUGACCAUGAGUAUGAUGCUAUCGUCGUUGGUGCUGGCGGCGCCGGUCUCCGAGCCGCCUUUGGUCUGGCCGAAGCUGGUUUCAACACGGCCUGCAUAUCGAAGCUUUUCCCCACCCGAAGUCACACAGUUGCCGCCCAAGGAGGCAUCAAUGCUGCGCUAGGAAACAUGCACGAGGACGACUGGCGGUGGCACAUGUACGAUACCGUCAAGGGCUCCGACUGGCUGGGCGACCAAGAUGCUAUCCAUUAUAUGACCCGCGAGGCUCCUGCCUCUAUUAUUGAGCUGGAGAACUACGGUUGCCCCUUCUCGAGAACAGAGGAUGGCAAGAUUUAUCAACGUGCCUUCGGCGGGCAGUCACAGAAGUACGGAAAGGGUGGUCAAGCAUACCGGUGCUGUGCUGCCGCUGAUCGAACGGGCCACGCACUUCUACACACUCUUUACGGCCAGUCGCUCCGACACAGCACCAACUAUUUCAUCGAGUUCUUCGCCCUAGACUUGAUUAUGGAAGAUGGGGAAUGCCGAGGUGUCUUAGCAUACAAUCAGGAAGAUGGCACUUUACAUCGAUUCCUCGCGAACAAUACUGUCUUGGCGACGGGUGGUUACGGUCGCGCCUACUUUAGCUGCACAUCGGCACACACUUGCACUGGCGAUGGUAUGGCGAUGGUAGCCCGCGCUGGUCUUCCCAACCAGGAUCUCGAAUUCGUCCAGUUCCACCCCACUGGUAUCUACGGAGCCGGAUGCUUGAUCACGGAAGGAUCCCGCGGUGAAGGUGGCUACCUGCUAAACUCGGAAGGUGAGAGAUUUAUGGAGCGUUACGCACCAACUGCCAAGGAUCUUGCUUCUCGCGACGUUGUAUCCCGAUCCAUGACGAUGGAAAUUCGGGAAGGACGUGGUGUUGGUGCUGAUAAGGACCACGUCUACCUGCAACUGAGCCAUCUGCCCGCCGAGAUUCUCCACGAGCGUCUUCCGGGUAUCUCUGAAACGGCUGCCAUCUUCGCUGGUGUCGAUGUCCGAAAGCAACCCAUUCCUGUGCUGCCCACUGUUCACUACAAUAUGGGUGGUAUCCCCACGAGAUAUACUGGUGAAGUCCUCACUGUCGAUGACGCCGGCAAUGACAAGGUUGUUCCCGGUUUGUUCGCCUGCGGAGAGGCUGCCUGUGUCUCUGUGCAUGGGGCCAACCGACUUGGUGCUAACUCCCUGUUGGAUCUGGUCGUGUUUGGCCGCGCCGUUUCCCACACCAUCCGUGAUAACUUCACGCCGGGCGCUGCGCACAAGCCCCUCAGUGCUGAUGCGGGCGCCGAGUCGAUCGAGGUUCUGGACCAGGUCCGUAACUCGAGCGGCCCCAAGAGCACGGCCGAGGUUAGACUUGCUAUGCAAAAGACGAUGCAGACUGAUGUCAGCGUCUUCCGAAUGCAAGAGAGUCUGGACGAAGGUGUCAAGAAGAUCCACGAUGUCGACCAAUUGUUCCCCCAGGUUGGUAUCAAAGACCGUAGCAUGAUCUGGAACUCAGAUCUUGUCGAAACACUCGAGUUGAGGAACUUGCUUACUUGCGCUACCCAAACAACCAUUGCUGCUGCAAAUCGAAAGGAGUCCCGCGGCGCCCAUGCCCGCGAAGACUACCCAGACCGUGACGACGUGAACUGGAUGAAGCACACUCUGACGUUUCAGAAGAAGCCCCAGGGUCCGGUCGAAUUAGGGUAUCGGCGUGUCAUUGGUACCACCUUGGAUGAGGCUGAAUGCAAAGCCGUCCCGCCGUUCAAGCGUACAUACUGAGUGAAACAAUCAAUUACUGGGUGUUCGAGUCGAGUUGAGAUAUCCUGAGUAUAGUAAUGCCAAGUAUGUGGCAGUGGGUGAUACGAAACGCUAUAUUGAGUGGCAAUAAUAUCCUCCCAUUCAUGGGGGGCUGUCAGUAACAAAUUUAAGGCGGGGAGGGGCUGAUCCAUUUUCCAGUUGGAGCUGCUGGACUGGAACCUCGGAUUGUGUAUCUUAGGCGUGCUUUUAGGCGAUUCAUGUAUACAGGGAGAAAUGCAUUUGAGGUUAUGAUUUUUAGGAUGUUGGCUGCAAUCGAAACAACGCUGUCGACUCGGAUACAAAACAAAAGCUACAAUGUAAGAGGGAGAAAAAGAGAAGAAGAGAAAAAGAAUAGACAAGGGUGUUGCGAACUAGUGAACACGAAUGAGAGAACCCUCACUGUCUGGGACUGGCCCACGCUCAAUUGUAUUCGAAAUUUCAUGCGG